AUGGAAGAACUCUUUUCUCUUGCAAUAUCAAAGACAGAGGUAGGAGAAACAGACAUUAUUGAGAUACUUUCGAGUAUAAGAGAUCUUAUUUUCUCUGAAAAUGAAAUUCCGACUAAUAUCCAAUUCUCAAUUGAAGCAAAUACAACAAAUCUAUGGAAUAAAGCAGUUAACUUAUCACGAAAACUACAAAACCUUCCAGAAGAAAAGCAAAAUAUACUCAAGAACCAAGCAAUUCCGAAUAUUCGGUCACUUUGUGUUGACCUUUUCAUAAAAAUCUCCCCAAAUGACUACGACAAGAUAUUCAGAAGCGGAAUAUCAGUCAUGAUUUCGAUGUUCGAAGCCUGCCGCUAUGAAGAAGUUUCUAAAUACUUUGAAAUAUGCAAAAAAGUCGAACCAUACAUCAAUUUCGAGCUUUCACAUAACAUACAAUGCCUAGUACAAAUGUACAUUACUAAUUCCAAGUCGCUAAUUGCCAGUUGCGAUCCAGAUUCCGCAUUACAGUCGCUCAGAGACAUGACCAUGCGCUACCCAUUGGCCUCAUCCAGUUUCUCGUCAUACAUACUUCAGACGGCUAACUCUCUGAAGUCUGUCGAGUGGACCAGUUUCUGCAUCGACUUCUUUCGGCAGAACAAAGAGCUCUGCGACGCUUUUAUGUCCGAUGCUGCUAUUCUCCACUUCUCCAUCCUUUCAUCUGCAAACAGAGUCAGUGAAAUUGCAGAGUUCGAUGUCGACAAUAUUGAUAUAGAAAAUGACUCGAAAGAAUUCAUUUCUAUAGCUAAAAGCAUCUUCACAGGCAAUUUCGAUAUCGAUUCCGUCAGUUCAUACAAAAAUGAGCGAUUUCUCAGCAGAUUGGCCGAAAUCAUCUGUUUGUUCAUCGACAAGUUUGAUGAGAGAGUCGUGGAUCUGCUUGAUAGAGCAAGCCGCAGCGAUCCAUCGACGAGAAAGCAGAUAAUCAAGGUGGCGACGAAAGUUAACUCCCUCGAUCUGAUUCGCAGAGUCCAGUUUUCGGAAGAUGACUACCCAGUUAUCUGGAAUCACUGCAUCUCGCUCAAAACAGGCAGGAGCUUCGUCGACGCCGUGAAAUGGGCUGGUGAAAUGAUUGCAGAUAUCAAGAAAUGCUGCAAUCCGAACAAUGAAUGCCUCCUCCUCAAAGCGAUGAGGUUCCAAAGUCGCUGCUUCCUUGAGAUGGGCGAGGUCUCCCAGGCAGUGGACAUCUCCAGACAGUGCGUCUCCAUCAUGGGCAGCGACGAGAACAGGGUGGCUCUAAUCAAGGCACUGAUCAGGAGCGGCCAAUUGGAUGAGGCACGUAAUGCAGGAAACGAAAUUUCCAAAAGUGACAGCAUUACAAUUGUCAGCACUCUUUUUGCAAGGGAGAGCAUGUUCGAAGACUCAGCAAAGCUGGCGAUUAAAGCUAUGAGUGAUUCAUUGGAUGAGAAACUGUUCAAUGUUUUAGUUUACUGCCUCCAGAAACAAAACUCAAAAUCACUUGUAGAAAUCGCAUUGAACUCCCUCAAAAAAUAUCAGAAAUCUGACUUCCAGAAGAUUGAAAGCGACUUAAGGAGAGAAGUUGUAGUAUUAGUUAACAAUUUGCAUGUCACUUCAUCUUUAUCACUUUUAGUUGCUAUUCGAAUUGCAAAUCAUGAUGAGGAAGAAGACAUUUUGAUUCCUCAUUUAUUACGUCAAAUAGUAAGUGAAGGUAAGCAAAGUGAAUACUUAGACAUUCUUGAAGAAGAGAUUCCGAGAACAAAAAAGAUCAUUUCAACUCUCAAAAAAUUCUUCUUACAAAUUGAAUGUGAUGUCAAUUUGCAGUUGUUAUCAAAAAGUGACGUUUCAUUUUUGAUAAAAUUACUUGUCAGAUAUCCAUGUAAACUGACUCCUUAUGACAUCAAAGCAUUGGCAUCAUUGGGUAACUUAGAUGCGAACGAUUUGUGCCAAAUUGCCGUCAUUUCUUUCCACCAGAGACUUACUCCAGGAGAACUGAGAGAGAUACUCGAGUCUUUACUUCCCUCCGCAGAAAUCGAUGAAAGCACAUCUGAGUUUAUUUGCUGCAGCAUGUGGAACUUUGGAAGAGAAAUGAUCGGAAUUUCUGAUGAAUCGGACUGGUUUUUGGCUACAGCAGUUGGAAUCUCGCAAAGACACCAAAGUUUAUAUCUCGUAAGAGAUCAAAUCGCUUCAGUUUAUGAAGAAUUUGUAUCGAGAAAGUGA